AUGAGCCGUCUCCAGCUCCUGCUCAGGGCCAGCCCUGCCGCCCUGCUCCUGAUCCUGUGCCUGCAACUGGGUAUCAGUGAUGCCCAGGAAAACACAACCAAUCGGAAAGCAAUCAUAUUCAGUUUGGAAAGGCCACAAACAGCAAAACAAGGCGAAGAGGUGACUGUGGCACUUAGGCUUAAAACAGAACUGAGAGAAUGCAUGGUGAUUAAAGCUUACCUCAUAAGUGAUAUCGCCUUUGAAGGCCAGUUCAACUAUAAAUAUACCCGGUGCCUCUGUGAAGACAGUCCUGUAACCUAUUUUUGGGACUUUACAGUCAACAGAACUGCAACAAUUAGAGUUAUUGUUGAUAUUGUUAGAGAAAAGGGCAUCUGCCCCGAAGAUUUGGCAGUGGUGCCCAUCUCCGCAAACCGAUAUUAUCAAACAUUCUCCUUGUAUGUGGCGUAA